GGGCACCAAUACAGCAAUUGAACUACUCUGUUUGGAAGUUGUUUUCUUAGCAAAGAGCUCACAAGAAUCCUGCAGAUUUAUGUUCACACAAAAACAAAUUACAUACAGAACAAUUGAACAGUCUAGGAUUUCAACUGAAGUGUCUAUUGCACUAGAAUGUGUCAUGUUUGCCUGAUUGUCUUCUAAAUAUAAGUGUGCCUAGAUCUCAUUCAGAAACAAUGAUGGAACUUUGCUAGAAUCUACAAAUAUAAAGGACAAUAUGUUAUAAAGACAUGAACUGGUGAAUGAAAGCUGGCUAUUUGUACCAAGAGAUUCAGGACUGAGCAACCUUGAAUUCACACUUAAUCAGGACAGUGUUACAAAUUAUUACAGGAAUACACAUAGUUAUUUGGUAUGUGUUAAUCCAGGCCUGCAACAUCUGUGACACAAUGUUUAAUUGACGGAUGAAUAUAUAACAUUUUGUGGGAAUGAUUAGAAUCUACAUGUAAAAGAAAGAGAGACGUUGACUGCAGCUGAAAGGAAUAAAGCUAAGGAUAACAACGAUAAUACAUACACAGCAUCUGAUGAAAAGUUAUCAAUAUUUUUAAUAUACUGAAACAAACUUCAACGAGGGAAAUCAGUGAAUAUAAAACAUUGAGAGCUCUUAAAUGCAUAUUGGAUUUUUAGUUCCUAUUAAGUGAUCAGAACAUUAUAUAAAUACAGUGCUUGUUAUAGAUUGGUUUAAGUGAGUAGCACAAUUAUGGCAUCACUGGUGGAUAAGAAAUCCUUUGAUGAUUGGUCGACACCUCAGACUAUGAAAUCAUUGGAUAAACGCAUCGACUCCGAGCUUGACCUUGAAUCGCCAUCUGACCUUGAUACUGGGAAUGAUGCGGAUCAAAGUGACGAUGUAUCAGACUACUCAACGAAACACAUCAAAAUAAAACGUGUUCGCUCAGGAAGUAAAGAGCAUACAAAAAGUGCACGUGAUCUCAUUAAGUCCCGUCUGAAUGGCAACACAGCGGCACAGUUGCUUUUUUCCAGCUCCCCCAAAAUUGAAGGAAUGUUCGGAAGUGCCAGUGAUGACGAGGUUUUGAUUGAUGAUGAAAUAGCUCCUGAUCGGGAAAAUAUUCAACCCAGAAAUUCUAUGACAAGUAGCCUGCAUAUUAUCAGUGAGUCCCCAAAGUUGGGUGAGGCGGAUAUACAGCGUGUGAGACUACACAGUGAUAACACCAUCCCGGGUAAUGCCAGUGGUUACAUCUCAACAUCAGAGCCAGAUGAUCUCACAAAAUCAGACCAAGAUACAAAAUCUUCAAAAAUCAAACAACGUAACGGGAGUGCUAAAUACACUGGGGAACGCAGUAAGGGCAAACUAAGGGCAACUGAAAACCGUAGAAGCAGAAUGGCUGACACGGAUUCAAUAGACACUGAAAAUGAGGUCCAGCUUGCAAAAUUCAAUCGCGGACAUCACCGUAGCAGGAGCACAAAAGUAGAGAAGAAGGCCAGGGUAGUAGUGUGCGACUCUUAUUGUGAUACAUCAGACAGUGAAGAUUAAACACUUUUUGGAGGCGAUCUUGUACAUAAUAUCUACCUGGAGUAGAACUUGCAUUAUAUAAUGAAUUAAUAAAACAAAAUCAGUGUAUUCAGAUAUCAUGAACAAUUUGAGACUUACACAAAAUCGCUGGUCACUUAGACUCAUAAGAUAUCGAGGAAAUAGUAUUUUUCAAAUCUUGAUGUUUUAUCAACCCUAUAUUGGAUUAACAUUAUCAGGAAAUUGUUAAAAUCAGGAAUUCGAAGUGGCAAAGGAUAAACAGUAAAACCUGUGUAUAUUGGGCAUUUUUGCCAAAAAAAGAAUGUUCACUCAGGCUCGUACGCCUUUUACAGAAAUGGAUUGGUCAUUUCCCUCAAAUGAGUGUGGGAAAAAGCUACUUAAUUGC